GACUCACUGAACUGCACAGGAAACUGUGGGAGGAGCAGAGAAAGUGAAAGUGAAACUAUUCUGUGACUUUGCUCCAGUCGCCAUUUUAACUGCGCAGCACGAAGACACAAUGUUCUCUCUCGUGUGAUUGGUCACUGGACUGAACACAGAUCCACAUCAGACGUCCUCCAGGAAACAGGAAGGAGAUUUUCAAUCUAACUGAGAGAAAGACUGAAGUCCAGCAGAUGAGUGAUUGUGCGGAGGAAGACGAGGACAGAGCAGAGUCUCCAGGACCCAGCGGUCUGUCUGUGAAGAGUGACUGGUCUAUGGGACACCCUCCAGGCUUCAGUCAUGAACCUGGAGCCUCAGAGACAAAAGGUCAGAACCAGAGACGGAGAGCAGAGUCUCCAGGAGCCAGCGGUCAGUCUGUGAAGAGUGACUGGUCUAUGGAACAACCUCCAGUCUUCAGUCAUGAACCUGGAUCCUCAGAGACAAAAGACCAGUUUGCUGUUUCUGUGGACGAGCACACAUCCUGCUGUCCUCUGUGUCAGGACGUCCUGAAGGAUCCAGUCUCCACCAGCUGUGGUCACCGGUUCUGCAGACGCUGUUUCUCCUCAUACGUGGACCAGUCUGGUCCACCAGGAGACUCCUGCUGUCCCCAGUGUGGGAAAAGACCCAGGACAGAACGUGGACCACAGAGCAUCAGUGUCCAGACAGAUGUUGGUCUGCAGGAGGUUCUAGAUGAACAUAAGAUCAGUCUGAGGAGGAGAUUUGAACAUGUGACUGAAGGAACUAAUGCAAGAGGAAGUAGAACCCUCCUGAACAGGAUCUUCACUGAGCUCUACAUCACAGAGGGACAGAGUGAAGAGGUCAAUACUCAACAUGAGGUGAUGCAGCUGGAGAUGACCUCCAAGAAGAAAAUGGUCCAGGACACUCCCAUCAAGUGCUGCAACAUCUUUAAAGCCUUACCUGACCAGCAGGGGAGCAUCAGAGUCGUCCUGACCAACGGCGUCGCUGGUGUUGGAAAAACCUUCUCGGUGCAGAAGUUCACUCUGGACUGGGCCGAGGGUUUGGAAAACGAGGAUGUGAAUCUGCUGAUUGUGCUUUCGUUCAGAGAGCUGAACCUGAUCAGAGAUCAGCAGCACAGUCUUCUCACGCUGCUCCAUGUUUUCUAUCCAACAUUAGAGAAGGUCAGAGCAGAGGAGCUUGCUGUCUGUAAACCUUUGUUCAUCUUUGACGGCCUGGAUGAAAGCAGACUCUCACUGGACUUCAGCAGCAGGACGCUGGUUUCUGACGUCACACACAGGUCAUCAGUCAACGUGCUGCUGACCAACCUCAUCCAGGGGAAUCUGCUUCCCUCGGCUCUCGUCUGGAUAACUUCACGACCUGCGGCGGCCAAUCAGAUCCCUCCUACAUGUGUUGAUAGGGUAACAGAAGUACGAGGCUUCACUGACGACCAGAAGGACGAGUACUUCAGCAAGAGAUCCAGAACUGAAGAUCUGUCCAGCAGAAUCAUCUCACACAUCAAGACGUCCAGGAGCCUCCACAUCAUGUGUCAAAUCCCAGUCUUCUGCUGGAUCAGUGCUACAGUUCUGGAGCACAUGUUGACCACAGAGCAGAGAGGAGAGCUGCCCAAGACCCUGACAGACCUGUACUCACACUUCCUGCUGGUUCAGACAAAGAGGAAGAAGAACAAGUACGAUAAAGGACGUGAGAUGAGUCCACAGGAGCUGAUGGAGGCCGACAGGGACGUUCUUCUGAAGCUGGGGAGGCUGGCCUUUGAACAUCUGCAGAAAGGAGACAUCAUGUUCUACCAAGAAGACCUGGAGCGGUGUGGUCUAAGUGUGACAGAGGCCUCGGUGUACUCAGGAGUUUGUACAGAGAUCUUCAGAAGAGAGAGCGUGAUCUUCCAGAAAACAGUCUACUGCUUUGUUCAUCUGAGCGUUCAGGAGUUUCUGGCUGCAGUCUACAUGUUCCACUGUUUCACCAACAGGAAGACAGAGGUACUGCAGGACUUCUUCAGACAAGAAGACAAAGACAGGGACUCAAACAGAUUUAGCAGAAACUUCUCACUCGACGACUUCCUGAAAGAAGCCAUGAAGAAAUCACUUCAAAGUGAAAAUGGUCACCUGGACCUGUUUGUUCGCUUCCUUCAUGGACUCUGUCUGGAGUCCAACCAUAGACUCUUAGGAGGUCUGCUGGGUCAGACUCAGAACACUCCAGAAAUCAUCCAGAGUGUCAUCAAGAACCUGAAGGAGAUGAACACAGACAACAUCUCACCUGACAGAAACAUCAACAUCUUCCACUGUCUGACAGAGAUGAACGACCAAUCAGUGCAUCAGAAGAUCCAAGAGUUCAUGAAGUCAAAGAGCAGAGGACAGGCACUCUCUGAGAUCCACUGCUCAGCUCUGGCCUACAUGCUGCAGAUGUCUGAGGAGGUUCUGGAUGAGUUGGACCUGGACAAGUACAACACAACAGCCCAGGGAAAACAAAGACUUUUUCCAGCUGUGAGGAACUGCAGGAAGGCUCGGUUGAGUGGCUCCAGAUUGUCAGAGAUCAGCUGUUCUUCUCUGGCCUCAGCUCUGAAGUCCAACCCCUCCCACCUGAGAGACCUGGACCUGAUCUGGAACGAUCUGUAUGAUUCAGGAGUAAAGCUGCUGUGUUCUGGACUGGAGAGUCCACAUUGUAGACUGGAGACUCUGAGGUUGAGUCGCUGCAGUUUGACAGAGAUCAGCUGUUCUUCUCUGGUCUCAGUUCUGAAGUCCAGCUCCUCCCACCUGAGAGACCUGGACCUGAGUGGGAACCAUCUGCAUGAUUCAGGAGUGAAGCUGCUGUGUUCUGGACUGGAGAGUCCACAUUGUGGACUGGAGACUCUGGGGUUGUGUCGCUGCAGUUUGACAGAGAUCAGCUGUUCUUCUCUGGUCUCAGUUCUGAAGUCCAACUCCUCCCACCUGAGAGACCUGGACCUGAGUCUGAACCAUCUGCAGGAUUCAGGAGUGAAGCUGCUGUGUUCUGGACUGGAGAGUCCACAUUGUGGACUGGAGACUCUGGGGUUGAGUGGCUGCAGAUUGUCAGAGAUCAGCUGUUCUUCUCUGGUCUCAGUUCUGAAGUCUAACUCCUCCCACCUGAGAGACCUGGACCUGAGUGGGAACCAUCUGCAGGAUUCAGGAGUGAAGCUGCUGUGUUCUGGACUGGAGAGUCCACAUUGUGGACUGGAGACUCUGGGGUUGAGUCGCUGCAGUUUGACAGAGAUCAGCUGUUCUUCUCUGGUCUCAGCUCUGAAGUCUAACUCCUCCCACCUGAGAGACCUGGACCUGAGUGGGAACCAUCUGCAUGAUUCAGGAGUGAAGCUGCUGUGUUCUGGACUGGAGAGUCCACAUUGUAGACUGGAGACUCUGAGGUUGAGUCGCUGCAGAUUGUCAGAGAUCAGCUGUUCUUCUCUGGUCUCAGUUCUGAAGUCCAACUCCUCCCACCUGAGAGACCUGGAGCUGGGUGGGAACCAUCUGCAGGAUUCAGGAGUGAAGCUGCUGUGUGAUCUUGUGCAGAGUCCAGACUACAGACUGGAGACUGUGAGGUGGAAGACAGUGUGGUGAUGAUGAUGAUGAUGAUGAUCUUCAUCCUGAGUCAGCAGAUCUGGAACAAACAUCAUGUGAAGGACAAAGGUUUUUCUGUGACGUCACUUUUAACGUGGUCAGCUCGGUCCUGUCGUCCUGAACCUGUGACACUGUGACAUGUGAACAUUUCACAACUUCACAACUUCACAACUUCAUUCUUUCCGAGGCGUCUUCCGUGCACGUGUGUGGGCUCUGUCUUCACAGAGGUCCUCAUUCUAUGGUUAUGGUCGUUCAACAUAUUUCUCUUUCUACAGGAAACUGAUGGUGAAAGAAAAAGCUAAAAGCUACUUGUUGUUUGUUAUUUGUUAUUAUGACUUUUGACUUUAUUAUAAGGCUUAGUGUAGUGACUUCAUCAUGAGUGCUCAUACUAAAAUAAACAUCAUUUCUAUUAUUAUUUCUAUAAUCUAUAUACAGACACUUUCCAUGAUAGGAUGUAUGAAUGUUAUUAUAUAUAUAUAUAUAUAUAUAUAUAUAUAUAUAUAUAUAUAUAUAUAUCGCUCCCCCUGGUCACUUCUUUAAUAAAAUGGAAACACUUUCCUGUUAAGGCUGCGCAUGAGCCUGUUGUACUUACCGUAUGACAGAGGCGGGUUAACGCUCCCUUUCCUCCAGGGAUAUUAUUGGGCUGCCCAACUAAGAGCAGCCUCAUGUUGGUUUGAACAUCAGUCACCGCUGCACUGGAUAAGGAUGGAGGAAAUCACAACUUCUAAAGUGUCCUUCUGUCUCUGCCGUUACUCUGAAAAAGCACACCACAAACCCCUUUGUUAGAAAGACACCAGGUGUUAAGUUAUCUUGGGGAAAAUGCUCCACUGUCCCAAUUCUCACCUGUUUGGAGGAACACAAAGUUCACGCCAGCCACUAAUGACCUUGGUUUGAAGUUGUGAGCAGACAGAGGCAUCAGUAAGAUUUGAAGUUUUACUGACAUCAAGCUAAAGUUUAAAACUGAGCCUAAACACUUUUUCACGUGUCUUCAGAUAAGAAGACACAGAACUCUGUUCUGACCCGUUAUGGAGCAGCUGGAUUAAUCUCAACGUUUUAUCAGAUUAUCAUCCAUGCAGCAAAAGAAUCUGCAGAGGAUAAAAGAUUAGCAUGGUGCUCAGACCUUAAUGAAGAUAUCAGUGUAGAAGAGUGGCAGGAUAUAUGUUUCCAGUGUUUCAACUCCUCCAGUACAAAUGGUUGAUGAGAACAAACUUUACUCCAGAAUCAUUGCGUCACAUUUACCCCAAUACACCGGCUACUUGUGUCAAAUGUCUGUUUCACUGCCUCUGGGAAUGCACCCUCAUUCAAGAAAGAGGGGAUUACAAUGGUGUCCAUUUUUAUUAAGGAACAACUUCCUCUUUGUCCCAAGCUUUGUAUUUUCAGAUGUUUCCCAGCGAGCUGUACGCUGAGCCAUCGCAGUAAGAAGAUGGUGGUAUUGUGUCUUCUUGAAGCUAAACGUAAACUUGCACUAUCAUGGAAGUGUGUUCACAGACCAACCAGCCGUAGAAAAACUUACAUACAACACAUUUGUAAAGAUUUGGGAUGAUUUCUUGUUUUGUUUUGUUCACAGAUCACAAUAAGAAAUAAGGAAACACUUGUAUGUUUGUCCACCUGUGCAUGUACAUGCGUGUACAAUGUUCUUUAUUCUUUUUUUCUUUUUAAACCGUGAUGAGUAACAGUCAGUUACCAAACCAGAAAUAUACCACUAAUAUCUGCAGGUUUUCAAUGUCUAUAUCUGCUUGUUUAAUGAUGUUUAAUGAUUUUAAAUGACAUUUCAUUUGAAGUGAACAGAAGCUUUGUCUGUUCGGUGUCUCUCUGAGUUAAAGGGGGACUGAUGAGAUGAAAUGGGAAGAACAGAGUCUUGGAGACUGGAGCUGAGUGAGAGUGUGAGGCCCUGUGACUUAUUUCAUUUUCACAUCGAGGACAAAUAAGGGAGGGCAAACACAGAACACAUGAACAAUUCUUUGUCUGCUUGAAUGUUUUUUAAUGUUUUAAAUUGUUUAUAUUUCUAUAAUUGAUUUUGUUUUAAUUUCCAAUGUAUUUACUUGCUUCUGUAAAGCCCUAUGAAUUGCCUUGUGUAAGAAUGGCGCUGUACAAAUAAACUUGCCUUGCCUUAUACUGAU